GUGUGCUAGUAGGGUUGGUUGUGAAAUUCCUUCGACAUGGUUCGGAGUUCAGGGAGUGGAUCAACUUCAACAACAACUUCUUCUUCUACUUCUUGCUGCCGCCGAUAAUAUUAUAUCCUUUCACGUCGUCUGUGUCCGCCAUUACCCCUUGGUCUUUUGCUCUCUUCGCCUUGCCUUGUGUACCUACGCACGCAUGCCGUUCCUUGUCCACACUCAGGCUCCAAGUUUGGAGUCUCCAAUUGCUUUAUAUGUGACCACCCUUUUCUCAAUUGUGUUUGCACGAAACCUGUUUUUCCUUAACCGUUUUUACCUUUCCACUGAGUCGGGAUGGAGCUUGAAGACGAAACCAUUCUUUAGCAACUUCGGGGCGAUUUGUACCUUCGCAUUCGCUGGGACGCUCAUAUCGACCUUGUUAGUGGGGUGCUUCAUGUACUUUGUUGGAUUACUACAUGCUGCUCACGCCAUGCCUAUUAUGGUGUGCCUUGCCUUUGGAGCUCUGAUAUCAGCAACUGAUCCUGUGUCGGUGCUUGCAGUUUUCCAGCAAUUGGGUGUAGACCGCACCCUCUACGCCCAAGUUUUUGGAGAAUCUGUACUGAAUGAUGCAGUUGCCAUAGUUCUUUACAGGACCAUGUUGUCAUUUGUGACAACCAAGGUUGACGGCAGGGGAAUAUGGUUUGCUAUUUCGUUUUUCUUGGCCAAUUUUGUUGGUUCAUUCUCGAUAGGAGUGAUUCUGGGGCUGUUAAGUGCUCUUGUCUUCAAGCAUUGCGGAUUCGAAGAUGAUGGUCUCGCUUUGCUGCAAGCCUCCCUACUAUCGCUAUUCCCCUAUAUGGCGUACAUGCUUGCUGAUGCUUUUGAAUUGUCUGGAAUCGUGGCCAUCCUCUUUGCGGGAAUGACAAUGAGAUACUACACAGCUCCGCAUCUGAACGAGAAAGCGCUCGCCACAACAAGUAGCUUCUUCUCGAUCCUUGCAAAGUUAUCCGAAACCUUCGUGUUUAUAUACAUGGGAGUCGCUGUAUUUCUGGAGAAACAAAGUUGGAGAAGCUACAGCUUUACCCUAUAUACUAUUCUUGCUAUUCUUAUUGCAAGGGUGUUCAACAUAUAUCCCCUCGCGUACAUUGUCAAUGCCUUCCGCCAGAAGCAAAGUAGAAUACCAAUGAAUCAUCAGCAUGCGUUGUGGUUUAGCGGGCUUCGUGGAGCCAUGGCAUUUGCACUCGCACUACAAUCUAUUACUGAUCUUCCGGACGAAUAUGGUCGAGUUAUUUUGACAUCAACAUUGCUAACUAUUGCAUUCACUGUAUUGUUCAUUGGUGGUGCAACAUCCCACAUGCUCUCAUGGCUGAAGAUUGAAUGCAGCGGUGCCCGAAGUGAACAUGAUGAUCAGGAUUCGCCGAACGAGGAGAUAUUGGUAGCUCAAAUACCUGAAAAACCCCAGAGCAAUUUGAAGAAGAAGUUUCAGCAGCUGAAGGAGAAGGCUAGCUUCGCUUCAAUCGACAAGAACUUUUUGACCCCAGUAUUUGCAACACCAUCCCGCUCACAUCCCCGUCUUGUGGAGCUCGAUCAAAACAUUACGCCUCCGCAAGCUCACCGUCCAAGUUCUUCUUCAGUUGAUGGAACAGAAAGGAGAGCAGUGGAAAUUGAGCUCGCUCCGGUAGAUGAGUUGUUCCCAAUUGAUGAUGAUAGCAUGACUGUUCCCCUGACUACUGCACUCUCAUUGCCCCUGGAAGGAGGGCACCUCAGUAGGCGUGCUAGUGCCAAUAGUCAGCAAGGAGGAUGA